AGGAAGUGACGAAUGUGGCCACGAGCGUGACGAACGGCUCGUUCGAAAAUACAACAAGGAAGUGGCCGUUAAUUGUAAAAGGAAAAUAACCACCGGACAAAAACAUCUCUUCAAACCGGGGGGUCGGCCUCGCUCGGUUGUUGGGUGUCGGGGGGGUAAAGUCACCGUGGACUUGCCCGAGAGCCCGUUUCUGAUCAUCUCGAGGGAUUCUGCUUUUAGCCAGCUAGCUAGCUAGCGAUGAACACGGACGUGGAAUUUCACAUCAGGCAGAAUUACCCGUGGAACAAACUCCCAGCUAAUGUCAAACAGAGUUUGGGGAACUCUCAGCGUGAGUAUGAAAAGCAUGUGCUGCUGUACAGCAUCCGCAACCAGCUGCGAUUCCGCAAUAACCUAGUGCGCCACGUGAGGAAGGAUGAGCGCAAGUAUUAUGAGGAGCUCCUGAAGUACAGCCGGGAACACCUGAUGCUGUACCCCUACCAUCUGUCUGACAUCAUGGUGAAAGGCCUGCGAGUCACUCCUUUCUCAUAUUACAUAGGAAUCAUGGAGGAUAUCAUGAACAGUGAGAAGAGUUACGACUCCUUGCCCAACUUCACUGCUGCUGACUGUCUGCGGCUGCUUGGUAUCGGGAGAAACCAGUACAUUGACCUGAUGAACCAAUGCAGGUCUUCCAAAAAAUUCUUCCGCAGGAAGUCAGCGCGGGACCUGCUACCAGCCAAACCAGUGGAAAUCUCUGUGGAGCCGUGGUGGGUGGCGCAGACAGGCUACAUCACUGAGGAUGACAUCAGGAUCUGUUCUCCAGCAGAGAAGAAAGCCAUUGAUAAGAUGAUAGAUUCUGGUCCUCAGCUGGCUGGAUCAAUGGAGUACAAUGUGGUGUUAAGCUUGUACAACCGGGGAUUCAUCUACUUGGAUGUUCCCAUAUCUGAUGACAGCUGCAUCGCAGUGCCCCCGCUGGAAGGCUUUGUCAUGAACCGCGUCCAGGGCGAUUACUUUGAAACACUUCUCUACAAAAUCUUUGUGUCCAUUGAUGAGCAGACGAAUGUUGCAGAGCUGGCGAACGUGUUGGAGAUUGACUUGGACUUAGUGAAGAAUGCCGUUUCUAUGUACUGUCGCCUUGGCUUCGCUGUAAAGAAAGGUCAUGUGUUCAACUCAGACCAGCUCCAUCCCACCUGGAAGAACGCCCCGUCUGUCAACAGACUCAAGAGCACCAUGGAUCCUCAGAAGAUGCUGCUGUCCUGGGAGCAGGGCAGUCCUGUCAUGGAGGGAGGCUCCUCAGCCACUGACACCGACACUACUAGUCUGGAAGACCAAGCAGACACAGCCAGCGUAAGCAGCCUGAGCAUCCCAGCCGCACCCACAAAGAGGAUUGCCUUCCUCUUUGACUCCACCCUUACAGCCUUCCUCAUGAUGGGCAACCUGUCUCCGAACCUGAAGAGUCAUGCAGUGACCAUGUUUGAGGUGGGUAAGCUGUCCGAUGAGACUCUCGACAGCUUCCUGGCUGAGUUGGAGAAGGUGGAGAGCACAGCAGAGGGCGAGGCCCAGCGUUACUUUGACCACGCUUUGACCCUGAAAAAUACCAUCCUUUUCCUGCGCUACAACAAAGAACUCACUCAGGACCAGGGACCUGAUAUCCCAAAUAUAGGUUUCCCCUUGGACAUGCUGCGCUGUGAGAGCCUGCUGGGUCUGGACCAGGCCACCUGCAGCCGUGUCCUCAACAAGAACUACAAGCUGCUGGUCUCAAUGGCGCCGCUAAGCAACGAGAUCAGACCCAUCAGCAGCUGCACGCCUCAGCACAUUGGCCCAGCCAUCCCCGAGGUGAGCUCCAUCUGGUUCAAGCUGUACCUGUACCAUGUGACCGGCCAAGGCCCGCCGUCUCUGCUGCUCUCCAAAGGCUCCAGGCUCCGCAAACUGCCGGACAUAUUCCAGGUCUACGACAGGUUGUUGAUCACCUCCUGGGGUCACGACCCUGGAGUCGUCCCUACGUCUAACGUGCUGACCAUGCUCAACGACGCCCUCACACACUCUGCUGUACUAAUCCAGGGUCAUGGUAUGCAUGGCCAUGGAGAAACAGUUCACAUCCCGUUCCCCUUUGAUGAGGAAGAUCUGAAAGCAGAGUUCUCCUACUCCAACAUGUGUACGCACAAGGCGCUGCAGAAGCUGAAGGAGCAAGUGGACCUGGAGCACCAGUGUGGCUACAUCACCAUGCUCAACUCCAACAACAGGCACCGUCGCAGGGCCAGCGACAGUACUGAGUGCAGAGGUGACACUCAUCUAGGUGGAGGCCUGGAGACCAACGGCAGCACUGAGUCCUUUGAGCUUGUGACAGACGAAAACAACGGGGAAGGCAAAGCAAAGACAGAAAGCCUUUCAUCUGAAGAUGAAUGGGUCCCUCUUGAACUGUGCUUCGGCAUGCCCCUCUUCAGCUCCGAGCUCAACCGCAAAGUGUGUCGAAAAAUCGCCUCGCACAAACUGUGCAGCAACGAAAGCCUUCAAGAGCUACUUCACUCAAGCCGAAAGCUGUCGCUGAAGGUGUUGAGCUUCGUUCAGUCAUUCCAGGACGGCGUCCAGCCCUCUGACCUAGACAGCGGCGUGUCAAACCCUCUCAGUCAGCCCCCGGCGGAGUCCGGUGUCCCCCUGCCCGCCCUCAACCUCCUCUUCAAGGACGGGCAGCUGAAGGAGUGGAGCGGGCGGGCCCCUCCUCCUCUGGACAUCUCAGCGCUGCAGAAGGACCAACCCACAUAAGCCCCUCAAAACUUCCAGAUUUGAGGAAAUUCUUAUCCGAGGUUCAAACCCUGCAUCGUCACCACAAGGAAACACUGUCAUUAAAUAAGCCUCGCCCUCUUGUCCAUCAGCAUCCACUCAUGGGAAAAAUUAGCCCCGCCAGCACUUUGUCAUUUACCUACUGUAUGAGGAAUCAUCCUUCUGACAGUGUUGCCAACACUAGUUCAAACCCCCCCCCCGCUGUUCCCCUCUGUGAUUCCUCGUAUUCGUAGCAAGGCAGUGUUAUCUGUUGGAGUGGUGCUAUUAUCACAUUAUAUAACAGUGGUGCAGGUAAACGGCAUUUAACCUGGAACACCAUUUAACUGGAAACACAAGCGCUGUUCUCCACUGACUAGCCCCCCGCCCAGCCCUUCAAAUCAAUGGAUGUUGUGUGAUCCUUGAGAGCGGAGUGUAAAGUGGUUGAUAUUGUUUAGAUGUUCUAAAAAAAACGACCCACAAAAUAAAGUGUUGAACAGACUUCUUCAGGAAUCAUUUGACAAUAUGCAUAAUCUAGGACCAAGUCUUUGGACUGGAGUCCAGACCCCGCUGCCUCCCUCUGUUGUCUCAUGUUAAGUGAUCUGAUGCAUGAUACCGUUGCACAACUCGUACCAUUAAAAAAAAAAAAAACUUUCCUCUUUACUUGUAAUCAAUAUUGGGGACAUUUAUUAUUUGCACUGUGCAGGAUUUCUUCAAACCUGUGGAUGAAGUAAUGUCAUGUAAUUUUUAUGUUAGAUCUGUUGUAGUGCGCAUAUGAUUUUAGAGCUCACGUUUACCAUGAGAAAGUGUUUCCUCCUGGAAGGGUUAGGAAUUGACUGGGCAUCAUCCUUCGUUAUCAUUCUUUCUCAGUACAAGCGUACACCAAAGACCAUUUUCUUUUCCUGUAUAAAGAUUAUUUUUUUUUAAAUCUUUAAUCUGUUGUACUGUCUUUCCUUUUAUUUUGCUGCCUUAUCACUGUCAGCCAAUCAAACGCUACCAGGUCGUUGAUCAAAUCUCUGGAUUUGAUUUGCUUAUGUUUAGUUUUUUUUCGGUUUGUUUACCUUUUUGUUUAGAUUUUACAAAUGAUGAUUUCAGAUGAUUCAUGUGCAUUUCUGUAUAUAACCAAUAAAAGCAACAACAUUGGGUCACAAUACCAACCCUUACCCCUGUUCAAGAAUUUGAUAAGAUUAACCAAGUGUACCUAAUUGCAUAGAACGAGAACAGUCAGGUCUGUGUGUUUGACCCAGGCCUGUCGCCACUGUUGCCUGCCAGUAUCUCUCCUUGGACUGACUCCAGUUUGUGUGCAGUGCAGUGCACUCUUGGCCAGCCACCAUAUUCUCCAUGGGAUUCUGUUUACACCAUGUUCUAAAAAAUGGGGUUUGUAGUGUAGAGAGGAGACGGCUGCCUCAGACCCUGGGGAUGGAAAUGCUAAUGCUUUGCCCAGCGUCUCAGAGAUGUGAUGGCCCAAAAAGUGUGUGAAGUCUGUCAUGAAUUUUCAGCGUGGCUCCAAGAAUACUCGCUAUUGCACUUAGAAUGAUAACCCAUUUUGUUGAGUUUUUCUUUUCUUUUUUUUUUUUGAAGGAAUCUGCCUUCUGCAGUUUUUGACCCACUUGUGGUUGUUGUUUCUAAUAACGUGAUGCUGAAAUAGACAAAAAAAAAAAAAAAAACUAACAUGAGGUCCCGUUGAAGCAUGAUGACUGUGUAGAACUGUUGUGUGUAUGUUGUGUAUGCGUGCGUAUUGUACACCUCACUCUUGGUGUGUUUUCAUACACACCCUUUCACAAUAAGAACCCCCCCCCCUUCUCCAAUCCUGCCUGCCUAUUAUCUAGUUGCAGUACUCGGCCAUCCUAGAUAUACCCCAUCCUCUUCCAGAGAUACAUCCACCACAGUGUUUAAAAAAAAAAUGCUAGUUUUAUAUGUCAGCCUAUAUUUUAGGAAAUCUUUGUUGUAGCUUGUUUAAUGGGACUGUGAAUAUCAUUGACUGAGUUAAUAAUGAUGCUCUUGUAAUUAAAUGGGUUAAAAAAAAGAAGAAAGUGACAUUCCUUCAACAUGCUCUUCCUCCAUCGUUGCUCCAUCUCCCCUCUGCUCCAGAUACAUAUUAUUAUUACAAAUAAAUAUGUAAAAAGUAUAUAAAAAUAUAAAUAAAUAUGUAAUAACUUUUUCCUCCCUGAAAA